AUGUCCCGCAUGUUCGAGAACGCGAGCGCAUUCACCGCCGACAUCACGCGGUGGCGAACAGACUCCCUGGUGAAUUCUUCCAACAUGUUCCUCGGUGCCGACACCUGGCGGACUCUACAUGCGCAUUGCGGUGAUACUGCCAAACCUUUCUUCGAUGAGGACACGUGUCUGCACUACCCAGAUAAGGUGAACCAAUAUGAGGACCAUCACUCCGGUCCCCCUUUCGCGUGGGCCCGCCUCGUCAAGCGAUGGAGAAGCGACUUUUUCUUCGGCGAGGACAUGAAGGUCGAUGCGGCUAAUCACGAGUUUGGCUCCCGCGACGGACACGUAUCCGUAUCGUACGACGGAAAGCGGAUCGCGGCUGCUGGGACCGUCGAAUCGUGUACGUCCGAAUCGUGUGCCUUCAUCGUGUACGUCCGCGUUUUUGAGUGGAACGACGAUGAAGGCUGGAAACGCGCCGGCGGCGACGUCGAAACAGGUCAGGAUUUGGCCGGCGAGCUCUGUCUGUCUGGCGACGGGAAGCGACUCGCCCUGGGUGACCCGAACGGCCGCGCCGUACGUGUGUAUCGUUGGAACGCGCAAAACUCGACUUGGGAUCAACUGGGCGACGCCCUCGAACAACCGUCCGGUUCCGACUUUGGUCACGCCGUCUCGCUAUCCCGAGACGGCUCCGUGUUGGCCGUCGGCGCGCCGGACGGCUCGGGCUCGGUUCGAGUGUUCAGGUGGGACGCCUCGCGGGCAUCUUGGUCUCGGAUGGGAGUCGACAUCGUGGGACCCCACGGCACGGACGUCCCCGCGCGACUCGGCGCCGCGGUGAGCCUUUCCCUCGACGGAACGCGCCUCGCGGCGGCGGCGCCGGGCGCGGGCGUCGCGUUAGUCUUCGGGUGGGACCGCGCCUCGAGCUCGUGGUCGAAGAUGGGCGGCGAUUCGACCGCCGGGGAUGGUCGAGUCCUGACGUCGAUCGCCCUCUCCGGCGACGGCACUCACCUCGCCGUCGGAGCUCCCGACGCCGAUGACGGGGUCGGGGUCGUCGCGGUGUACCGUUGGACCCGGACCCGCGACGCGAACGGAUCGACCGGAUCGACCGGAUCGACCUGGGAGGCGGUGGGCGAGUCGGGCCCCCUCGCCGGCGCCGUAUCGGGCGACCGGUUCGGAUCGACCGUCUCGCUGUCCCGGGACGGGAGCCGACUCGCGGUCGGCGCCGAGCGCGGGGUCGACGGAUACGUCCGGGUCUUCGACUGGAACGCCGAGGAUUCGAGCUGGCGAAUGGCGCCCGCGGUGAACCUCGACGGCGCGCCCGGCGAGAGGUUCGGGCGAAACGCGCGGCUCUCCGGCGCGGGCGCGAUCCUGGUUGUCGGUCGCAACGAACCGGACGGCUCCGGCGGCGGGUGGGUGAUUCCCCACGCGCUCGAGUGCGACGCGGAAGCCGCCGGCGCGCCGCCCAACGGCCGGACCGGCACGUGCGGCGUCGUCGCUCGGCUCUUGAACGUCACCGGCGGCAACGCGACGUGCGCGCCCGAGUGCGACGACGGGUUCAACCUGACGGAAGCGAGCGCGUGCGAUCCGUUCACCGGCGGGUUCAGGUCGGGGCGGUGCCUGUGCGCGUGCGACGACGCCUGGCGCGCGAAGGGUUUCUACAUGUAG